AUGCAUAUCCUAAGCAUUCCGAUGUGGGUGGGCUCAUCCAACAACUACGCCUACCUAGUCAGCGACGACGAGACUAAAGACGCCGUGAUCAUCGACCCAGCAAAUCCUCCCGAAGUCCUCCCCGUGCUCGAGGACAAGUCAAAAUCCCUGAAUCUCACAGCCAUCAUAAACACGCACCACCACUGGGACCACGCCGGCGGGAACAAGAAGAUCCUCGCCGCCUACCCCAACCUCCUCGUCAUAGCCGGCAAAGACAGCGAAGCCGUAUCGACGACUCCCUCGCACGGCUCGACCUUCUCAAUAGGCAAGAACAUCCAAGUCACGGCACUGCACACGCCGUGCCACACCCAGGACAGCAUCUGCUGGUACAUGGAGGACAAGGCCACGGACGACCGCGUCGUGUUUACGGGUGACACUUUGUUCAUUGGUGGCUGCGGGAAAUUCUUCGAGGGCAACGGCACGGAGAUGAACAAGGCCCUAAACGAAAUCCUGGCGGCCCUACCGGACGACACCAAAGUGUUCCCGGGCCACGAGUAUACCAAGUCGAAUGUCAAGUUCUUGAAGACAAUAGAUGGCGAGAACGAGGCCGUGCAGCGGUUGGAUAAGUUCGCCAAUGAGAAUAAAGAGACGCAGGGCAAGUUCACGAUCGGGCAGGAGAAGGCGCACAAUGCGUUCAUGAGGACGAGUAGUGACGAGAUGAAGAAGGUGACGGGCAAGAGUGAACCGCAUGAGGUUAUGGCCGUGCUGAGGGAGAUGAAGAACGCAAGCUAA